CCAAGCCAGUUUUGUAACCGCUACAUUCACCGACGCACGUUCGCCGUGCGAAGAGAUCGUCCGUUAAAAGUGUUACGGUUUAAAAGUUUGUAAAAAAACGUUCUCAUUUGACAGUUCAGUUUUAUUUCAUUUUAUAAAACGCAGUGAUUCGCGAAUCUCCCGCCUUUUUGGAUUUUAUCAAAAUGGAAAAGUAUUGGAGGUUUUUCAUUUUCACGCUCGUUGUGAUCCUGUCGAUGAUGCUCGCUGCAGAGGCCACAGUACCACAGCCAAGAGCUCCUAAUUUCCAGUACUUUGAGAGACCAAAAUACCGGUAUCCAUACUAUGACGAGAAUGGCAAAGGAAAGCUGUUAUAUGGUUACGGAGGCAAGGAACUAUUCCAGUACAAAUCAUAUUCUCCUCUUGAAGGCAUUCAUUGAAUGAUAAUUUAAAAACAUUUUUGUUCGUGUAUUUUAAUUUGAUAUUUAAUAAAUUUAUCAAAACUUGUUAUCAAAAAUGGUGCAUUGAAUAUAAACAUACAUAAUAAAAAUAUAUUAUGACGAUUGAUGUGUAAAAAAUGUAAAUAUAAAAAUAUACAA